UCAGAGCUUUCCAUGAUUUCAGCACAUUCUGUUCACCUUUGUGUAUUUUUCUGCAGGGAAUAAAACCGAGCUUUGCUCUGCUCUUCCCAGUUUUCCUGCUUGUUGAGUCUUGUCGACACAAAUCCAGAAAUAUGAAGUUUUACCUGCUGCUGCUUCUGCUGCUGCCACUCUGCACAGCUCAGUUUUCCAUAGAGUGUUAUGGGGAAGACUUCUUACUGGUCAGAAACAUGUUGCUGCACUGCAACAGCAAAACCCCCCAGGCCUGUUACACCAAAGAUAAUGGAGAGAAAGGUUGUACUGUCCUGAAGAACUGUAACCUUCCCAAAUGGACCUGCUGUCACACCGACCGCUGCAAUGCCUAGAAAACCUGCCAUCAAACCUCUGGAUGAGGUUUCCCAGGAUCAGCAGCCACAUUUUCAGCUCUGUGUCAAUGUGAAUAUUUGCUUUUUAAAUCUUGAAUCACUCUUUGAGUGAUGUCUGUGGACUUCAAUAAACUCAAAUCCUGGGAAAA